AAAAUAUUAUACGGAAAUUGGCGACCGCCUAAAAUUCAGACUAGGGUAUGCGGGUCUUUAUGACCUCAUGGAGUUAAGCGUCCAUGCCUUGCAUAGCUUUAGAAUAGCUUUAGUCAGUUUAGACAAAAUUACUUCUACGUUUGUAUUCGAGCCAAAACAUGCAUACUUAACGUUUAAAGCAUUAAUAUCUUUCUCAAAAAGUUUAAAAAGUUUAAAAAAAGUUAGAAAAGUUAGAUUUUCAAAAAAAUCAAAAAAUUAGAUUAGGGUUGCUACGAGUUUUAGCUAGGGGUGUCAGAAAUGUUCUCACAGGGAAAACUGGCUUGUGGCAGGCAACUGAUCAUGUUAAGCACCAAUUGAAGUGUUUGUAGUGUUACAGUGGGUGGGUUUUACGUCAUGGCAAAACCCGAAAGUCAUUAUUGGUAAAUCUUAUUGACUUCCUCAGCAUCACUUCAGAGUCGAAACGAAACUGAUAUAUCUGCAGACACAUUUCAGAGGUACGGUUUACAGACGAACAACUGAAACCAGGUAGGGAAAAUGUUUCUAUGAGUCUCUUUCACAACAGAAGAUAUACAUCCGUUUUGAGAUUCGUUUAAUGUCUUUAAUUAAUGAAUAAUCCCUCUUAGUUUAAAUACAUGGCCAAGGGCAAAGUUGUAGACUCGAGGCGGCCGAGUGCAAUAUCUGUGAAUUUUGACUUGACUGUUUAUUCUGAUCAAAAACUUAUGACUUGACUUGGACUCGGAACAAAAUGACUUUUGUUACCAACCUAGCUUAACGUAUACACUCGUAAAUAUAUAGUCACUCAUGAGAAUGAACUUUUCUUCGACUUGCACUGAAAAUUCAUCGAUGACGAUGCAUAACGAGUAAUACAGCGACACGCCAAUAUCGCUGCAUCAUGUAUGACUGUGAGCCUGUUAUGUAUAGUGCAAUACUCACAACCUGGAAUAAAUGAUGCUUAUAAAGGUCUGGUCAAACGAGAACAAGAGUUGCAUGAGAGUUGAGAAGCGAGAGUUUGCAUGAGAAGUUUUCUCAACUCUCAUGCCCCGGCCAAACGAGAACAAGAGUUGCAUGAUAGUUGACUGGAUAUACCCCUUGUUGCGAAAGGUUUUUAAUCGCUACCGCCGCGGUUUCUUCGACAGACGAUCCGUCUCAACUACAAAUGACGGGCAUUUAAUGUUAACAGAGUUGGCUUAAAGAUUUAAUUUUUUCACAGGUUAUUUUGUUUAAUCUUCGUCAAAUUCUGAAGGAUGGAAAUUUUGUUGCGUUUAGUGGCUUGUAUCGUUCUGCUCGUUGCGUACACGACAGCAAAUAUUGUGCAAGGUGCGUAUCAUAUUUCAUAUAAACUCGAAUACUGAGCUAUUUUAACGCUAGGUUAAGUCACAAGCAAUAGACAAAUGUGAUUAUAUGAAAUCGAGCGCCAAAAGUAUAUAUGUGAAUUGUCAGAUUAUACAUCAUUAUAACCCCCGGAAAUUGCCCAAACGAAAAGAAGGUCACAUGCAGCUAAAUAUAUUAAAAUUCGGUAAACUCACCUUGCGGUUCGCAUUUAGAAUGUACGAUUGCCUAUGACAACCCUAAUCGAAAUAGCUGUAUUUUCAUUGUUACUUAGUAAAAUUGAAGCUCAGCCUCAGGAUAGACAGCGGAAAGAUUAUUAAUGAAACAGACAAUGUUGUUUAUCAAUGGUGGGCAAACUAUAGGAAGCAUUUGUGAGAAACUUUUGCUUUAUUGCUGCAUUACAAGUCAUGAUACCAGCAUUUGCUUGUCAAAACAUGCGGGUUGAAGGUUGUUACUAAAAAAACAGCAUUUGUGAAAUGAUAAUUGCUCUGCAUGCGAAACAAAAUAUUUAUGAAUUGGUUUUUAAACAUCAGUUUUGCUUCCCGGAAAGGAAAAUAUUGUUUCAACAAACAUGUAAUUAAAACAUUAAGAUUUAUAUAUAUGUUUCCACGAAAAUGUUACCUAGUUUAAUACUAUUCAUAUGUAAAAGUUAAAGAUAAUCGAAAGAUUUCACCCCAUUAAAUAAUGAAGAUACUUAAAAUCUGAUCCAGUACUAUUGCAGGAGGAAAUCAAAACCUGAACCGGCUAACUGUAUCUUCGUCAUGCUGGAUAAGUUCAAUCAGUUCUGAACUGGUCUUUCUAGAGGUCCAGUAAAGACCCUCUCGUAUUGAUUCAAUUUUGCUACAGAAGGAAACCCGAGUGUAGUCGGAAUCAAAGCCAGUUACACAAUCAGGGGUGAAAGACAUGCCACUGUAGUACUUCCCUCGUCGAGUGAAUCCUGCACUGUAAGUCGAGACUUGGGGAUUUAUUUAUAAGUUAGAGAACAGGUUUGUGCUGUUUUUCUUUUGCGUUUUGAGGAUUUUUCUCCGCGUUUCCUCACCAAAAACAAGAUCUUGGGUCUUAGCCGUUGUCAAGCACGUUUGUCACGCCUUGUGUAAUCAAUACUAUAAGCAACUCAUUAUUAACAAUGAUUAAGUGACUCAUUAUUUUUAAAGAUUCAGCUGAUGAAAUAGAAAACGAAGAGUUAUUUCUUGAAAAACGUCAACCAUGCCCCACGAUCACUUUCCCGUGUGGUCCUGGCUCUCCUAUGCCAACUGUUUGUCUGAACAUGAAAACCGCCAUUGCAAAUGGGCAUCCAUCACAACUUCAUCGCAUCACGGACAGGAAUGCCAUAGCUAAGAAUAGACGUGACUCUGGAUGCACAAGAAUGCCUAAACCACCAGGCAAGAACUGUGAUGAAUAUCCCUUUGCUUCAUCCCAAGAAGGUACGAAUAGAUCCGCAUUCAAGAGGUGUCCGUACAGGAGAGGUGAUCCGUAAUUGAGAAGUUUCUUUAUCAGAGUAGUGACCGUAUCAGAUAGGUACCCUGAUGGAAAGAUGCAUGCUUGUAUUAGAGGGGGCUCUGUAUUAGAGAGCUGUCCGGAUCAAACGGUGUUCGUUUUGGAGAGGUACUCGUAUUUGAGAGGUUUCUGUUAUAAGAGUGAUGUUUCGUUUAAGGGAGCCGUCUAUAUUAGAGCGGCUUCUAUAUCAGAAAAGUUUCUGUAUUUAUAGAGAGGUGUCUGUAUUAGAGAGAUGUCUGUAUUAGAGAGGUGUCUGUAUUAAAGAGAUGCCUGUAUUAGAGAGGUGUUUGCAUUAUAGACUAUAGACAAUUUUCUGUAUUAGAGAGGUUUCGGUAUUAGAGAGGUAUCCGUAUUAGAUGGAGAAGUCUCCGUAUAAGAAAGGUGACUGGAUAGCAAAGACGUGUCAGAAAGAAAGGGCUGUACGUAUUAACAAGUUGUGUUUGUAUUUGAGAGGUGUCCGCAGUAAAGAGACGAAUGUAUUAGAAGUGUGUGCGUAUUCGAGUUGAACCCGUAUUCUUGAAUAUUACUUUCGGCAUUCAGAUUCUCAGAGUCGUUCUUGAUCAUGAACAUUUUUUUAUUUUUUCAGGUGGAACAGGUGCUCAGAUUAUGGCUGUCCCAAUACGUGAAAACAGUAUGCAAGGUGGUUUGUUGGGCGGUUUUUACAGAUCACAAGGAAUUGGUGAUGGUGAUUGUUAUAAUGUCAUAGCUUAAUAAAUCUUCCUUUAGGCCGACAUAACAUGUGGCAAUUUAAGUUUCAAGAUAAUCAUGUACUUGUAGAAUUUUCUUUUGUUGAAGAACGAAAUUAAAUAAAACAGUUGAAUAAACAUAACGUUUUGUGAUUUUUAACACUUGGGUUAACAAAACAUUGUUUGAAUAU